AUGCGCUGCGCCAAGAUCGUGACACAUCCGUCACUCCGAUCGCGGACGCGUCACAUCUUGUCUCCCACCACCACCACCGCUCCCCCCAACGUCGCUCAUCGCCCAAUGGCUGCCCUAUCGGACACGGAAGGCGAGGAGGAGGGGGAGGGGGCUCCAAGUAGCCCCCAAGCGUCGCUCGCGUUCCCGAGCGGCGCUGCGCCUCGCUGUCUGGGCCCCCUCUCCGACCCCGGCACCCGUCCUCUUUCAGCCACGGACCUAGGCGCCCGCAUCCAUCAAAACCUUUCCCUCCCUUCUUCGCGCUAG